GGGAGGGGCCCAGCCGCCGCCGCCGCCGCCGCCCGCGGCCGCAGGAAAGCGAAAGGCCGCGGGCCGCGCCGCCCCAGGAAGUCGCGAGCAGGAAGCCCGGAGCCGGCCGGUGGGAGCGGGCCGGCGCGCAGAGACCAAGCCUCUGCGGAGAGGAGGAGGGGGCACAAGACCAAGCAGGACACCUCACUUCCUUUCCAGCCGGUGCCAGUGCAGGGACAAGAGGGAGACCGGGAGCCAGGAUCGCCAACCUCUGUAUGAAGUGUCUGGUUUCGUGGCCAAAACGCUGUGGUCCACGCGUAAAUGGCUCGCCUCCCUGCCGGCAUUCGCUUCAUCAUCUCAUUCUCCCGGGACCAGUGGUAUCGAACCUUCAUUUUCAUUUUGACAUUUUUGCUGUAUGCGAGUUUCCACUUAUCUCGGAAGCCUAUCAGCAUAGUUAAGAGUGAGCUCCACAAGUACUGCGCUGCUGAGAACGAGGCUGACGUCAGAUUCAACAGCCAGAGCCAGAAAGCCAACGCCCGCCCUGCGCACCAGCUCCUGGACAAUGAGACAGACUGCAGCUGGGCCCCGUUCGACCGGGACAACUACCAGCAGCUGCUCGGGGCCCUGGACUACUCCUUCCUGUGCGCGUACGCCAUCGGCAUGUACCUGAGCGGCAUAAUAGGGGAGCGCCUGCCAAUUCGGUAUUACCUAACCUUCGGAAUGCUGGCCAGCGGCAUCUUUACUGCCCUGUUUGGCUUAGGGUAUUUCUACAAUAUCCACAGUUUUGGAUUCUACGUGGUAACUCAGAUCAUCAACGGGCUGGUGCAGACCACCGGCUGGCCCAGCGUCGUCACCUGCCUCAGCAACUGGUUUGGAAAAGGAAGGCGAGGUUUGAUCAUGGGGGUCUGGAACUCCCACACCUCCGUGGGCAACAUCCUGGGAUCCUUGAUUGCUGGCUACUGGGUGUCCACCUGCUGGGGCCUGUCCUUCAUCGUGCCUGGGGCCAUCGUGGCGGCCAUGGGGGUCGUGUGCUUCCUCUUCCUCAUCGAGCAUCCGAAGGACAUCGCCUGCUCAACCACCCUGGUGGCGCACGCAAAGAGCUACGAGAAUGGCGUGCACAGGUUUCGCCUGCAGAAGCAAGCCCUGCCUGACAAGAAGAAGCUGCUGGACCCAGAGGUGCAGUGCCUGCUGCUGUCGGACGGGAAGCGUGCUGUCCAUCAGAACCACGUGGUCACCCUCCCGGCCGAGGGCGGGGGCAGCAUGGCCGCCAUCAGCUUCACUGGGGCCUUGAAAAUCCCUGGUGUGGUCGAGUUCUCCCUGUGCCUGCUCUUUGCGAAGCUGGUCAGCUACACGUUCCUCUUCUGGCUCCCUCUCUACAUCACAAACGUCGAUCACCUGGACGCCAAGAAGGCGGGCGAGCUGUCCACCCUGUUUGACGUGGGCGGGAUCUUCGGUGGCAUCCUGGCGGGAGUCAUCUCGGACCGGCUAGAGAAGAGGGCCUCCACCUGCGGGCUGAUGCUGCUGCUUGCGGCCCCGACGCUCUACAUCUUCUCCACCAUCAGCAGAAUGGGGCUGGAAGCCACCGUCGCCAUGCUGCUGCUCUGCGGGGCCCUGGUCAGCGGGCCGUACGCGCUCAUCACCACCGCCGUCUCCGCAGACCUGGGGACUCACAAAAGUCUGAAAGGAAACUCCCACGCCCUCGCCACCGUGACCGCCAUCAUCGACGGCACCGGGUCUGUAGGAGCGGCCCUGGGCCCUCUGCUGGCCGGGCUCAUCUCCCCGUCAGGAUGGAACAAUGUGUUCUACAUGCUGAUGUUUGCCGACGCCUGUGCCUUACUGUUCCUGAUCCGCCUCAUACACAAGGAGCUGAGCUGCCCAGGGUCAGCGUCAGGGCAUCAAGUUCCGUUUAAGGAACACUGACCCCGCGGUCCACAGAGGGACGCUGUCUUUCAAGGAAAAGUCCAAAUAAAGGAUCCUGUGUUGAAAAGAAUGACUCACUCCUGCCUUUUGCACACGCACCUGGACAAGACACAAAGCCACCUCGGGGACUCCCGCCCUGUGUCAGGCGGGCCUGGCGCUCGGGACCAGGGCGACCCGGGGCACCUGGCAGGUGCUGUGGGACACCCAGGUGCCCUGUCUCUCAGGUAUUUCGGCGUGGAACGCUAGAAUGGGGUGCGUGCCCGAGGGCAGGGACCCCCAGGACACGCGUGGAAGACAGUCAGCUCCAGCCAGCAGACAGCCCCUUCCCAGACGGAGCCUCACAACUGGGCCAGAACCCAUGGAGUCAGACGCCGGCACUUCCUCUCUGUGCCCACCUGGCAGCCACUGUGAGACGAGCAGCGAUGACGCGUCCACGCCUGCAGGCCCUGGAGGCACCGGGAAUGCCAGCCCCAGGGCCCCGGAUUCCUGUCACCCCAGCUCCAAGGGCCCUGACACUGCUGGUCCCCGUGGGGUCCGGGAAGACGGGGCGGGGGGCUGAGGGCGGAGGGGGAGGCACUGGCAGCGGGCGGGUCCCCGUGCGGAAUGUGUUUGCUCCCCCAGGCCAGACCCCGGCUGGGUUUGUUUAUUUAUUGGAGUGUGUGCUGUGCCGUGGGGGCUGGCACACAGGGCAUUUGUUAUUUAUUGACAGGCUGAUUGUUUCGUGGCCACUGUUCUCUCGGUUGUUGCCUAGCAAAACACUUAUCUACCCUUUGAAAUAAAAUGUUUUUUAAAAAACUCAA